AUAAACUCGGCUUUAUUGCUCAAACGCCCCGUCGGACCGCUGGAGGCACGUUGUCUGUCAGCUCUCACGUGGUUCCUCGCUUUACUGCUCGUCCUCGUUCCUUCUUCCCUCUGUUUGUUUGUUUGUUUUUUGUAAGUAAGAUGAAGGAGGACAACUCGGAGAGGCGGGACUACGAGAGCAUCACCUCCUUCCUCGGAUCCUGGGGGCCCUUCCAGCGAAGGAUUUUCUUAGCGCUCGCCAUCAGUAUCGUCCCCAACGGGUUUUUCGGCGCCUACAUCGUGUUCGUGGCCGCCACGCCGCCCCACGAGUGCCGCGUGCCGGAGAACGCCAGCAUCAGCGACGCGUGGAGGAACGUGACCAUCCCCAUGGAGACGGUGGACGGCGUGGCCCGGCGCAGCUCGUGCUCCAGGCUGAACCUGGAGGUCGUCGGGCGAUACUCUGCCCAGAGCUUGGUCCCCGAUGUGGACGUGAAUGUGAGCGAGAUCCCUCUGGAGGGCUGCCGGGACGGCUGGAAGCACAGCAGGGAGAUCUACCGGUCCACCAUCGUCACCGAGUGGGACCUGGUCUGCGACGAGGCAUACAAGUCUCCACUGGCCACCUCCAUCCACUACGUGGGCGUCCUAGUCGGCGGGUUCCUCUCAGGCCAGAUAUCUGACAGGUACGGGAGGAGGCCGGCGCUCUUUCUCACGAUGGCCAUUCAGACCGUGUCCAUCACGGCGCAGAUAUUCUCCCCGAGUUGGGAGAUCUUCGCCUUGAUUUUCUUCUUCGUCGGUGCCGGGGGAAACUCCAACUACACCAUUGCGUUUGUGAUGGGGACGGAAAUCCUCAGCCCGAAGGCGCGCGUGUUCUUCUGCUCGCUCGGCGUGUUCAUGGGCUCCGCUCUGGGCUACAUGGCCCUGCCGGCGGUGGCCUACUUCCUGCGAGAUUGGCAGACGCUGCUGAUCGCCAGCGCCGCCUCCAGCGCGCUCUACGUCCCUCUGUGGUGGUUGGUCCCAGAGUCUCCUCGCUGGCUGCUCUUCCAGGGAAGACUGAAGGAGGCUGAGGACAUAUUGAGAGACGCUGCCAGGAUCAACAAGGUCGACGCCCCAGAGGAGAUGUUUACACAAGCGGAGACGCACGAGGCGCUGGCCAUGAGAGACGAGAAGCACAACAUUUCAGUCAUCGUGAGCAGCUGCAACAUGUUCUCUCUCACCGUGGUGUCUUCGUUCCUGUGGAUCGUCGUCAACGUGGGCUACUACGCGCUGGUGCUCAACACCUCCAACAUGCACAGCGACCCGUACCUGAGCUGCUUCCUGUCGGCCGUGGUGGAGGUGCCGGCCUACGCGAUCGCCCUGCUGCUGCUCAAAUACUGCCGCAGGCACUUCUGCCAGUCGUCCACGCUCUUCUUCGGAGGCGUCUUCAUCCUCCUGGUUCACCUCAUCCCGACUGACAUUACCAGUAUCCCCGUGGUCCUGGAGAUUUUGGGCAAGUUCUGCAUGACGUCCUCGUUUUGCGUGGUGUACACCUACACGUCGGAGAUCUUCCCCACCGUUGUCAGAAACACAGCGAUGGGCUGCUGCUCCAUGGCUGCUCGCAUUGGAACAAUCACCGCCCCCUUCAUCAUUUACCUGGCGAAAUACUACAAAGCGCUCCCUUACAUACUGAUGGGAGGCAUCGCCAUCGCAGGCGCCUUCCUGUGUUUCCUGCUGCCGGAAACGUUUGGAAAAGCUUUGCCGGAAACCGUUUCACAAAUGCAGCCGAUAUGCGGGAGGGGGGCAGGACAAGAGAAGGAAGCAGUAAACCAACAGAAACCGGUGAAAUAUCAGACUAAAGAAAGCAAGUUGUGAAUCCUUUUACUCACCUGGUUGUUGUUUAAAUGUCGCAUAAUGACUCC